ACUUCAUGCCAUUGAUAGUUGAACAGUUAUAAAAAGCGAUCCAAGAUCACGGGCGUUCAGUUUUCCGCCAGCUUCGCCGCUCUCACCUCGAAGAAGUACCAAAGGUUGCGCGACGAAGUGUUGAGAAAAUACAAUGGGGAGAAGGGCGGUUUUUCUUGUCGGAUUAGCCUUUGCAGCUUGUGUUUUUGCUAUUUCUGGUGCUCCAGCGUCACCCAAAGGAGAAUGGAAGUAUCGAAAUACUAGGCUCAUAGGAAACUGCUCGUUUGAGCAGAGCAUGUGUGGGUGGACUAAUCUGAAGCGGAGCUCAAAAAACAGCUUUAACUUCGAUUGGAAGCGACAGCGGUACUCGACACCCAGCUCGGGCACUGGGCCGAAAAAUGGCGCAACAGGCACCUACUUCAUGUACAUCGAAAGCUCGUCCCCCCGCAAGCCUGGUGAUGAGGCCGCCCUUUCAAACGGUCCCUAUGACGGAGUGAUGUGCAUGAGUUUCAGCUACCAUAUGUUUGGGGAAAACAUUGCCUCACUCGAGAUUUUUGUGGACGAUCGGAGCGAGUUUGGUGAGAAGGUCUCCCUGUGGAAGAAGUCAGGCAAUCUUGGGAACAAAUGGAGGAGGGACAAUGUUACGAUAUACGGCAAGUCCUUCUACGUGAUGUUCGUUGGUGAGGUCGGGAAUGGAUACCGCGGAGAUAUCGCCAUUGACAACAUCAUAUUCGCAGACAAGACGUGCAAUGGAGAGAAUCCUGAAAAACUCAUGGCAAAAUUCGCCGGACCCCCUGCUAACGUCACUAUUGCGAAAGGCACCUGUGAUUUCAAUAAAAAUACAUUCUGUGAUUGGAGCAAUGAGAAAUUUACAGACAAAUUCGACUGGAGGAUCACAAAGGGACGAACUGGAACAUCGGCGACUGGCCCGCCCGGAGACCAUACUGGCCGACAGGGUUAUUAUGCGUUCAUCGAGUCUUCCUCCCCUAGACGCCCAGGAGACACCGCGCGCCUGGUCAGCCCUAUUGUAUGCGGACGUGUAUGUUUGCGAUUCUACUACAACAUGUACGGCACAGGGACUGGCGCGCUGGCCGUGUACCGGAGAGAGGGGUACGGAGCCACUGAGAAGUGGGAUAGGGUGUGGCAGAGAUUGGGUGACCAGGGUGCCGCAUGGCGCAGGGAUAUGGUGGAGCUGAACUCCGACCAGCAGUGCUACAAGGUGGUUAUCGAAGCGACGCGAGGAAGCACCUAUCUUGGAGAUACCGCUAUCGAUGGAAUACUAGUGCGCGAGGGCUCAUGCUGUAAGAUAAGAAGCGAACUCAACCUGCUGGAGAAGAAUGGCAACUGCGACUUUGAGAAGGGAUUCUGCGGGUGGAAGAACGCGGUGCGUGAUGACUUUAACUGGAAAUUGACGAAAACUUCGACUCCAAGCAAACAGACCGGACCUUCGAAGUACAAUGGCGGAUACAUCUAUAUGGAAGCCUCGGAGCCGAGAGUCCAAGGCGAUAGUGCGGUACUUGUCAGCGGUAUUCUGUACGGUUCACUGUGCAUGCGCUUCAAGUACAACAUGAAUGGCAAGACUACGGGCGCAUUGAGAGUCUACCGAAACGGAGAUGGGGUUUACCAAGAGUUGCUAUGGCAACGGAAAGGUCACCAAGGUGACGUGUGGAGAAAUGCCGCUGUCUCAAUCGACUGCAGUGUCAAAGCGUAUUUCAUCGAGCUUGAAGCCGUUCGUGGAUCUGAUUGGAGGGGUGAUAUCGCUGUGGACGAGAUUGAAUUCUCGAAUGGAAAGUGUCCGUCGUUCGGUUCAGACCCUGAUAUUCCGAUGACAACUUUGCCCCCCACAACACCAACCCAACUGGUAGUCCUCGAUUACGAAGGGUUUUGCGAUUUUAACAACGGUUUUUGCUUCUGGGAAAACGAUAUCAAUGACAAAGGAGACUGGACACAGCACAAAGGAGAAACGGUUUCCAAGAAAACUGGUCCCCGUGAGGGAUAUGGAGGAGGAACAUUCAUCUACGUGGAGGCGUCAGAACUAAAGGCUGGAGACGUGGCUCGCUUAGUACUGAAUGCGCCCUUGCGGGGUGAAGUGUGUUUGAAGAUGAUGUACCAUAUGAACGGGGCAGGAAUGGGUAAUCUUACCGUGGACAUGAAGGAGAGAGCAGGAGAUGGGUGGAAGGUCGUGUGGAACCAGACUGGAGACAUGGGCGACCUGUGGCGCGAGGCCAUCGUCAGCAUCAAGGGCAAUGAUUAUGUGAUCUCCAUUGCCGCUACCCGAGGGCCCACGUUUGAGUCGGACUUCGCCCUUGACUCGCUAGAGGUUCACCGAGGAAAAUGUGGUGGUGGCGAUCAAGGGAGCAAGAUUAGCGCAGCCAAGGUCUUGUCGCAAUACAACUGCAACUUCGAGAAAUGCACCGAGAGAAAAUGCAGAGAUGGCGACAAUAUAAUGGGCUGCCUGUGGAAAGCAGGACGGGAAGUCUAUGACUGGAGGACAAGGAGGACUCAGAGAGAAUGGGAGUUUAUUAAAGGCCAAACCCAAUCAACUUAUACCGGACCCAUGAAGGCGGCCGAGGGGGCCAUGUACGGCUACUUGGAGGCCUCAAGCCCGGCAGCAAUGAACGACUUCGCACGUUUAUUCCUUACCAUCGAGGUGGAUACCAGCCUGUGCAUGCGUUUUUUCUACCACAUGCAAGGAUCUAACAUGGGAUCGCUGAGCGUUUAUACCAUUGAACCUAAAGACGCAGCACGGAAAAGAAGGGUGAUCUGGCAGGUGCGCGGCCAACCGAGAAAGGACCCGACGAAGUGGCAGACAUUCCAGCAAUCAUUCAAGGUCACAAAGGGCGAAACGAUUGUGAUUGAGGCCGUUCGAGGAAAUGGCUACUACAGUGAUAUUGCCGUUGACGACAUUAGAUUCUCACAGGAGGCUUAUUGCUCGGCGCUUAACUUAGGGAAGUGGACGCGUCUGGUGAAUAGACAGUGAGAGUCCCUUUAGACAUCUAAACGAGGCUUAUUUGAUAUUGGCGAAACAUCUCGUGGGCAUUGUUAAAAGAUUAUAUGUAUAAAGAAAAAAGGAUGGAACGAUAACAUCGAAAAGGAGCCAAUUUGUAAUGUAACCAUGGCUAAACUAAAGUUGAUGUAUAUUGUACACGCACGGCAGUUUAUUAGAUAAAGAAGCUUAUUAGAAGAAGAUGAAUCACGAAAUUAGUUUACCAUGAACAUCACGACCACAACGCACCAUUGCCUAAGACGAAACAGAAAGUACCCUAUCAUUGAUAGUAUAGACAUUCUAUUACUCGCAUCACCUGAUAAAAAGUAGCAUUUGAUGGA